AUGUCGCGAGAUCCGUACCACGACUUCGCCUCGGACCUCAAAUCGUCACUCUCGUCAGCACGCUCCCUCUCGCAAUCCUAUCGUCAACUCGUCGCACGUUCCAAUCCUCAGUCGCAAGCAUCAUCGUCUUCAUCAACGCACAAUUCGGGAGAGAUCGAAUCGGCGUACGACCGCCUAUCCGAUGCAAUCGAGGGGUUAAGGCAGGAUGUCGAGGACGUGAAACAGAGCGUGCUCGUUGUGGAGCGCAGCGGGCCAGAACGAUUCGGUGUUACACCACAAGAGCUCAAGAACAGAAAGGCAUUUGUUGCUGAAUGCGAGGCGGAGGUGAAGGCAUUGUCGAAGGUGGUCCAAGAGUCAUCACCUGGUGGCAGAGACGGCGCAAGAUUCGAUUCGGUCAAGAUCGACCUGGACGACCAAGACGAAGAUGCUACGGAGGCGUUUGAGCGCGAGCAACAGCAGAUCCUCAUGUCGCGCCAAGAUUUCACCCUGGACAAGAUCGGAACCACCCUCAACUCACUCCGCAACCAAGCAGGCAUGAUGGGACAGGAGAUCGGCGAGCAGAUCGAGAUCAUCGACGCCUUCGACACCGAAGUGGACCAAAGCCAAGGCAGACUCGGCAUAGCCAUGAGGAAGAUGGACGAAGUAGUGCGCAUCAGUGACGAAAGGCUUGGCGGGUGGUGUGUGUGGAUCUUGAUCGUCAUUCUGUUCUUGCUGCUUCUGGUGGUCUUUUUGAUAUGA